AUGUCAAAGUUACUACCGCCGGAUACCAAGGUAUCAGCUCAGGGCCAAAUUGUCCACCCGCUUCUGGGGGUCUCAAGUGUCGAUCCGUUGGGUCUAGGAAUUACCUGGCAUAAUACACUUGAAGCCUCAACACUUCUCUCGCUUGUCGACCAUAAUGUAUCACUACCCGGUGUCUUUCCAGCUGCUGGAUAUGUCAAGAUCGUUGCUGAGGCAUCUCUGAAAUGGUCUGGAUCAAGAACUCUGCGAAAAUUCGAACUUGACGACUUUUUCGUCGAAAACGACAUCACCGUAGCCAGAGGUGAGGACCAAGUUCAGAUUACCCUUGAACUUCAGUCGACUGGCAGCCAUGAGAGACACGGAGACAGGACAGACUUCGUUAAUUUUCGGAUUAGAUCAAAUUGUGCCGGCUCAAACAAGCUGAACGCACUAGGGUGCUUGCGUUUGAGGAGUUCGGAUGGAUACAAAAGUUUAUCUUUGGUCACGAAGACGGCAAGAGACCCGAAACUAAUCAACGAUGAAGUGAAUCAAGUGGCACUGCCAUCCACAAAAAUCAUCAAGACUCUUCCAAUGUCUUUUGGUCAAUCUGGGUUUUGGUUCAUGACGCAAUUUAUAGACGAUCCAACAUUUUUUAACGGAACUGUCUCAUUUCUAAUAACAACAAACCUUAACAUCGAGGUCCUUUCAGACCUCGUGCGGGAAAUGGGUAGACGUCAUGAAGGGCUGAGGACUGCAUUCUUCACUGACGACUCUCACCAGCCCAAACAGGGCAUCUUGGACGAAUCUCCAUUAUACUUGGAGAAGAAGAUCAUCAAGGCUGAAGAUCAAGUACGCACAGAAAUCGAGGCCAUGAACAGGCAUGUGUACAACCUCGCAAAGGGUGAAACCUUAAGACUCCUACUUCUCACCGAGUCACCAAUCAGGCAUCAUUUAAUAGUCGGCUAUCACCACAUCAAUAUUGAUGGAAUGAGCAUAAUGGCGAUAACUGACGACCUCAGGCUAACCUAUGAGGGAGCCCAGUUGCCACCGCCGUUCCAACAGAAUGAGUUUGCCAGUAGACAGCGUGAGCGGCUUCGUACUGGGCAUUAUGCAGAUGACAUUAUGUUUUGGAAAAACGAGUUCAAGGAUCUUCCCGAGAUUUUGCCCAUUCUACCCCUCUCACCAAACACACUUCGAUCUCGUCCAACCACAAGAACAACUUACCGCCACGUAAGAGCAGAGAGACGCCUAAACUCCGCCACUACUGCUCGACUCCAUGAACUUCGAAAACAAGGAUAUAUACAAUCUCCGUUCAGCUUUUAUGUAACAGUCUUUCAAAUUCUUCUUGGAAGGUUGACUGAAUCCGAGGAUGUUUGUAUUGGCGUUGCUAGCGCAAACAGGCAUAACGAUCCUGGUUCAGACAGCAGUAUUGGCAUAUUCCUGAACCUGUUUCCACUGCGGCUACGUUCACAACUUUCGAAAUCAUUUCUGUCUCUACUAAAAGAAAACAAAGCGAAAGGUCUGGCUUGCUUGAGCCAUUCUGCAGUACCAUUUGACAUCAUUCUAGACGAGGUUGGGGCUAUCCGACACCCCUCCCAUAGCCCCCUCUUCCAAGCAUUUAUCAAUUACAUCCCGGUCAGAGAAAAUAGGUCGUUUGGAGACGGAAUCAUAGAAAAUAGAGAUUAUGAGAUCGGAGAAACUAUGUACGACAUCAUGUUGGCAAUUAUUGACCCACCAGCUGGCGACCCAUGGAUAGCCAUCAUGGUUCAGAAGGAGCUGUACACGGAGCAUGAAGCGCAAACCCUUUUGGAUUGCUUCAUAAACCUUGUAGACGCUUUCACUAAUGAUAUACACCUCCCUGGGCGUCAACCACAAAUGUUUAAUGAACUCGCGGUUCAUGACGCAAUCAAGUUAGGCCAAGGAGUGAGCCUUGACACUGACCUUGGGUCUCUUAUUGGAUACCUGGACACUAUCUCUGCCAGACUAGUUAAUCAUGUCGCACUCAAGGAUACCUACGGCGGCAUGCUCUCUUAUGCCGACAUGAUGGAAAAGUCCACUCAAAUUGCCCACGCACUUUCUAUUUUGGGCAUCUCCAAUCGAUCUCGAAUUGGAGUUCUCCAAGAUCCGACUGUGGAUUGGAUAUGCUCCAUGCUCGGAAUCUGGCGGUUUGGCGCAAGUUAUGUUCCUCUGGAAGUCACUCAAGGUACUGGACGCCUAAAAUCAAUUAUUGAAGACGCCAAUCUCGCCGCUAUUCUAGUCCACGAUGCGACUCAAGUGCUUUACAAGGAUAUAGGUGUUGCACAAGCUACGCCAGUCAUCAAUGUUGCCACAACUAGUGACAGCGGGAAAGCGGUUGCCUCCAAUUUCUACAGCGCCGGACCUACGGAUGAGGCGAUUAUUCUAUACACCAGCGGUUCUACGGGUACACCAAAGGGAAUUUCUCUUCCUCAUCGAAUGGUAACAAACACCAUCAAGGGAUUCCUUGCAAUUUUCCCAAUGAAGCCUCAGACCGUCCUCCAGCAAAUCGCCCUAAGCUUUGAUGUUUCUUGGUGGCAAUCUCUGCUUGGACUUGCUACUGGUGGAACUGUUGUUGUCGCUGGGAAGGAUACUCGAAAAGAUCCCAUUGCACUCACCAACCUUAUUGCUUCGCAAAUGAUCUCACUUACGCUUGCAGUACCCUCAGAGGCUACGUCUUGGCUGCAGUAUGGAGACCUGCAACAGCUACGUGCGUCUGCAUGGGAAUGGCACAUAUCUGCUGGUGAAGAAAUUAGCAGCAUCCUUGUUGAGAGGCUAAAAGCAGUAGACAAGCCGGACCUGCGAUUCAUGAAUGCUUACGGCCCAGCAGAGACAAUUGUCCCGCAUGCCUACGAAGUUCCAUAUCGGGACCCCAGUAUAUCUCUCUCCCCCAUACCAAUUGGUAAAGUCUUGCCUAAUUACAGUGUAUACAUCAUGGAUGGAGACAACCAUCCGCUUCCCGUAGGUGUCCCGGGCCAGAUCGUCAUUGGAGGAGCCGGUGUUGCUUCCGGCUAUAUCAACCAGCCGGAGCUUACAGCAGCUAAAUUUCCUCAAGACAUACUUGCUAGCAAUCAGGCCAUCGCAAAUGGAUGGACUCAUGCUCAUCUAAGUGGUGAUCGUGGUUAUAUGAGAGAAGAUGGCGUCUUUGUUGCAUUGGGUCGUAUGAAUGGCGACACGCAAGUCAAACUGAGAGGCCAGCGGUUUGAGUUACGAGAAGUUGAAGCAGCAAUGCUUGCUGUCGGCAAAGGCGAUAUACUUGAGGCAAUUGCACAUAUUCGGCACCAAAACGACAAGGACGCCGCUUCUGCUUUCCUUGUUGCACAUGUUGUCCUUGCAACAGAAAUACAGCAGAAGUAUGGCACAAACGGCCCUGUUAUCGAUAGCAUGCUUCGAAACAUGAUCUCUAAUCUCACUUUACCGCAAUACAUGCGUCCGUCAAUGGUGGUGUCUUUGCCGUCCAUGCCUCUAAACCAUCAUGGAAAGGUUGAUCGAAAACUUCUCUCCAAGUCACCACUAAAGAAGACAGCAGAGAUCUCUAAGGCAUUACCCUCCCCACGACGAAAUACAAACAGCCAAGUUUUGCGUGACAUUGAAGAAAUAUGGAGAAACGCCUUGGGGGAUCUCGUCGCCGGACAGGCUCUGGAUGAAAAUUCUGACUUUUUCCUUGUAGGCGGUAAUUCAUUACUGCUGAUCAAAGUUCAAAACAAGAUUCAUGAGCAAAUUGGCCAAAACAUCCCCUUAGUGAACCUAUUCGAGGCUAGCACCAUGGGCAAAAUGGCGAACAUACUUGUUGAAAAUCACGAGCAUUCCAGGGAACGGCCCACGAGGACUUCUACCAGAGAUAAAAUGAAGCAAAUCUGGGUUUCUGUACUCGUCGGUAUCGCGACAGAGGACGAUAUUGGAUUUGACUCUGAUUUCUUCCUGGUUGGUGGAAACUCGCUGCUUCUUAUACGUAUACAGAACGAGGUUCAUAAAGAAUUUGAUGUUCUCCUUCCAUUGGCCAAGUUGUUCGAAGCGAGUACGCUGGAGGGGAUGUCGAUGCUCUUGGACACUUUGACAACUGAAAGCGAUACUCUCCAUCAAUCUAUCGCCGAUAUCAACUGGCAAGACGAAGUAGCAUUUAAAGAGAUAGGCCCGGGUUUCGUGGCGGGCCUCAAGGAUCAUGUUUCUGCUGACGAGCUCUCUGGUGGGAUUACAGUGGCGCUGACUGGGGCAACCGGAUUUCUUGGCAGACACAUCCUGCAGAAGCUUCUUAACGACAGUGAGGUUGAAAAAGUGCACUGUAUCGCUGUUCGAAAUACUUCAAAACUCCUGAUUGACUCUCCAAAGGUCAUAGUUCACCCUGGUGAUCUGAGAGACCCAGACCUGGGGCUUGGCGAGGAAACUGCAAGGCACAUCUUUUCCAAAGUUUCUGCGAUCAUUCACAAUGGCGCUGACGUCUCAUUUCUUCGAGGUUAUCUGACCCUUCGUACAGCCAAUGUUCUUUCGACCAAAGCACUUGUACGGAUGGCCAUACAAUACUCUGCUGAUAGGCCACUGCCACAUUUCCAUUUCGUCUCAACCGCUGGCGUUGCUCAGCUUGGAACGCGUGAGCUGUACGAAGAGUCCCUUCUUGUACCUCAACCUCAAGCAAAUGCAAAUGGUUAUGUUGCGUCGAAGUGGGCAUCAGAGAAAUAUCUUGAAAAUGCGCAUGUCGCUUCCAAGCUGCCUGUCACCAUACACAGGCCAAGCUAUGUUGUUGGACCUGAUGCGCCCCAACUCGAUGUUAUGCACAACAUUCUGAGCUUUGCAGAAAGAUUGAGGAGCGUGCCUCGAAUGCCAGCUGUAGAUAGAUGGCUACAGUUUGUGGAGAUCGAUGAAGUGGCUCAAGACAUCGCAGUUGACGUGCUGAGCAGAGAAGGUCUUCAAAGAACACAGGUGCAAUAUCGAAACCAUUGUGGCGCAGAGAACGACUGGGUCCGGUUGGAUCAACUCGGAUUGUAUUUAGAGAGGCAACACGGUGGGAGUUUUCCCAAAGUUGACUUUACCCAAUGGAUCGACUCCGCUGGGACGGCUGGGAUGCCAACACAGGUGAAGGCAUACCUCGUCAAUCUUGUAACGAAUAACACCAGUGACCGGAGUUGGAUCUCUCCACGGGUCUUGAAAGGGCCGCGUAAUAUGAACGCUCCAUGGAGAAGGCGAGAGAGGCUUUAAUGCAUGAAGAGCUAUGUCAUCAAAAGUUCCUGUUGAUUUGUGGAUUAUUCGAGCUUUAGCCUUUACA